ACGGCAAAGCUUAGGCCUUUGCAUUGUACAUUGUACACUGACCUGGUCUGAUAUUAACUGGUGGAACAUUUUCUACUAUGGACAUCUGUGGUUGACAGCUCGAGGAAGAUCAUGGGGGACAUUUCUCACCUGACACACAUCCCAAUCUCGGAGAUCUGGGCUGCCAGGGAGCGGAUAAAAGAUAUUGUCCCACACACUCCACUGUUACCUCUCAACAUUGAUCAGACAGACAAGGAUUGCAAGAUAUACCUCAAAUUGGAGAACCUACUACCAACUGGAGCAUUCAAACUUCGUGGCUCCACCAAUGCCAUACUCUGCCUCGCAGACGAUAAGCUCUCAAACGGAGUAUACACAGCCAGCGCUGGCAACUUUGGCCAGGGAUUCGCAUGGAGCGCAACUAAGCGGGGUGUACCAUGUCAGAUUAUUAUACCAGACCACGUGCCUGAGACAAAGGUCACGGCCAUGGAGAGGUUUGGUGGGGUGGUGAUGAAGGUACCCUUCGACACAUGGUGGAAAGUGAUCCAGGAACAUCGGUACGAUGGGAUGACAGGAAGUUUUGUCCAUCCUGGGUGUGAUAGAAAUGUUAUUGCAGGUAAUGGUACAAUGGGUUUAGAGAUCCUCGAGCAACUUCCCAGUGUGGAUGCCGUGAUAUGUCCAUACGGCAGUGGAGGAAUGACAUGCGGCAUUGCCUCCACAUUCAAAGCCCUCAAACCAAGUGUCAGAGUCUACGCUUGCGAGGUCGAGACAGCCGCACCUCUCGCAGCAAGCCUUGCUGCGGGUGAACCGAAAUCAUGUGACUACACCCCAAGCUUCGUGGAUGGAAUCGGCGGGAAAAGUGUUCUGCCCGAGAUGUGGAAUUUAGUUAGUAGUUUAGCGACAGGAUCCAUUGUCAGCUCAUUGGAGGAGACAGCAGAUGCCCUGAGGACUCUUAUUUUGCGGAAUCAUGUUGUCGCUGAAGGUGCGGGCGCGGCGUCUGUUGCCGCGGCACUGUCAGGGAAGGCGGGGAAGGGAAAUAUCGUCUGUGUUAUAUCUGGCGGGAACAUUGAUCCUGAUAGACUGUCCAAGAUUUUACAGAAUGAAAUACCAAAAUGAUGAUAAUUUUUGCAAAAAGCAAUAAAAUAGAACAGACUAUAGAAUGGAAUGUAUAAUUGUUUGCGAUGAUUAUGUAGUAAAUAAAAGUUUUACACAAUA